AUUUAGACUCAUAACCACUAUAUGUAUUUCAUAACAUUUCAUGAUAAAUCAAUUCAAACCUCUAACUUUACAAAUGAGCAAAGCAGCUGCAGUGGCAUAAUGGGAUCUGGGACAUCAGGGUCAUGUUCCCCUCUUUCCACCACCAAGCCCUUUCAUUAUGAGACAUACCCUUAUAAUAAUGAAAGCCAGACAGUGUUUAAAAAUUCAGAGGCUUAAAGUUUCCUCUUUUGUAAAAGACAGUACAAGCACAUCAGAUUUAUUAUUAGCCUUAUAUAAUAUCCAAACUGUUCCCCCAAACCCAUAUUUAUCACAGCCACAGCAACUAAAAUGUUGCACCCAUAUUCAAGAAGCUAAGAGGGAAAGAAAACCACCCUUUCAGACUUCAAAAUAGCCUGUGCCAGAAUCUUUUACAGAAAUCAGCCCAAUUAUGCUGUUCUGUUAAUCACAACACAAUCCUUUCUGCUUGAGUUUGCUCAUUUCAAGCUGCCACAACAUCAUUAAUCUAAAAAUAAGGUUCUCAUAAAUCCAUAUCGACACAGACAGUUUUUAGCUGUCACACAUCUCAGACACUGAUCAAUCCAGUUUUCUUCCUAAAUCACAAGAUGGAUGUGAAAGAAUCACAAAAUUUUAUUACAAUUGUUUUCUGAAAAAGAAGUGUAAAUGUAGAUAUUUAUAUUGCUUACCCAUAAAUUAUAAUCAGCUACGUCUUUGCUGUCCUCCCUAAUCUAACUGAACUAAGCUUGGAGUAGGAAGUUGAGUCUGUUUUUAAAAAAUUAUUUUUUUGGUAAAAAAUGCAUCCUGAAAUGGCAGAUCAUAUCGAAUGUCUGAGAAAUGGCCUAGCUGGCAUAGCUGUGACUCCCACGAUACCUUUUGUUGCCAAAGACCUCCGCUACUGUGAAUCUUGGGACCAAAAAUAUGCAGUCUUUUCAUCGGAUCAUUGAGAAGUUCCUGUCCUUUCAGAACGAAGACAGGCUGUGUCCCUGAAUAAUAAAUCUAAGCAGCCUGAUCUGGAGCCCUUGCGCUUGAAACUCCUCCUAUACUUCCCACUGAAUGACAUCACGACUCAUUUCUUCCCUUCCUACAUUCUCACUUGGAAAGAGAGUAGUUGAUCAACUGGAUGCACCCUGACCUUCAUCUAAUUGCUAGCGUCCUUCUGAUGCUACUGUGACCUAUUUGCAUGGAGAGAAUGUUUUGGAUCCUUCAGAUCUAAACUCUACCAUCAAAGCAAAUCUAGCAACUGGUGCCCAGGAGGGUUGACCUAGAGAAAAGCAUUUUAUCUUGAUUCUCAUGGAGAAAUCUGGAUAUCGCUUGUUCUAGCACACUGCAGAGAAUGAAACCGGAUUGGUUGUUAUAGAUGCCAUGAAUGAUAUAAAUUGAGCUCAUAGUUGGAAGAAAUCUAAAGGAUCAAGCAUCCCUGAGUUUCAAACAGAAACUUGCACUGAAUACAUUCAAAGAACCAUCAAGAAAUGGGGACCUGGAUUUUAUUUGCCUGCCUCCUGGGAGCAGCUUUUGCCAUGCCUCUACCACCUCAUCCUGGGCACCCUGGUUAUAUCAACUUCAGCUAUGAGAACUCACAUUCUCAGGCUAUCAAUGUUGACAGGACUGCAUUAGUGCUUACCCCUUUGAAGUGGUACCAGAGCAUAAGGCCACCGUACCCUUCCUAUGGUUACGAGCCCAUGGGUGGAUGGCUGCACCACCAAAUCAUCCCCGUGCUGUCCCAACAGCACCCCCCGACUCACACCCUGCAGCCUCAUCACCACAUCCCAGUGGUGCCAGCUCAGCAGCCCGUGCUCCCCCAGCAACCAAUGAUGCCCGUUCCUGGCCAACACUCCAUGACUCCAACCCAACACCACCAGCCAAACCUCCCUCCGCCCGCCCAGCAGCCCUACCAGCCCCAGCCUGUUCAGCCACAGCCUCACCAGCCCAUGCAGCCCCAGCCACCUGUGCACCCCAUGCAGCCCCUGCCGCCACAGCCACCUCUGCCUCCGAUGUUCCCCAUGCAGCCCCUGCCUCCCAUGCUUCCUGAUCUGACUCUGGAAGCUUGGCCAUCAACGGACAAGACCAAGCGGGAGGAAGUGGAUUAAAAGAUCAGAAUAUGAGAGGGGAAUGAAUACUUCAGUUGCUUUCAGGAAUGACACAAGAACACAAUGAUUUUUGCUUAUAAUCACUUUACUUAGCAAAUUCUGUAACUAAAAAAGUACCAUUAGCAGACAAUAAAAUGCAUUAAAAAUCA